GACGCAGGUUUGACGUAAGCGCAACAAGCAUUGUCUUUGAGUAUGUGAGAGAAAUCUGACAUUUGUCGUGCUAAUAAACGUGUCAGGGCGGCGACAAUACAAGAAAUGGCAGAGCUUUUAGGGAAGCUCCGCAGCGCUUGGAAGACAUGGAGGAAACAGCGUAAAGGAAGGCAAGAACGAGUAUCUGAUCCUCAGAAACUUAUCGGCGUUACUGAACAAUCGGACAAAGAACACAUACAUGCGGCAAGUAUUGAAGAUAUAGAUGCAUGUGCCAACAAGGAUAAUAGUUCCGCGAACGUGAAGUCUACAGUUGACUCUCCUAAUUCAGGGAAGGUAUGCAAUAAUGAAGAGAACAAGAAUGUGAACGAAACUCCGAUUGAAGUGAUCUGUGAGUAUGCAAAUGACGCAGAUAUUGACAUUUACCGUGCUGAAGGCCUGACGGAUAAUGAAUUGCGAACUAUAAUUUGUAGCUUAGCUGAAAAAAUUUGCAGGGAGUUUCCGUCGUAUUACGACUUUUGCAUUAUAGCAGACGAAGAGGACUAUGAUUCAGCGGACGAACUGAAGCAUUACUUGUGCCGCACUUUCGACUUAACAGGAUGUAUGGUUCAUGAUGGCUUUUAUCGUGCGGGUGCAGACAUAUUUUCCUGUUUUGAAUUUAUGAUGUCGAGGAGCAGCAAAGUGCUGUUUUACUUAACAGACAAUUUUAAUGCAAGCCAGUUCUAUCGCCGCAUCCAGAGUGGAGCCGUUUUUCAGUCAUUGAUGUCCAGCGUUCAAGCCCACCGAGAAAAAUGUGUACCAAUAUUCCCAAAUGGUAUUCCUAACUACAUUCCACUACCCCUCUCAGGUAUAGCAGGUCUGCAUCCUAAAUCGAAAGUAGCGUUGCGACAAAGUGUAAAUACAACAUAUACCUUACCUCUCAGAGAAAAAAGAAAAUGUUUAGAUAGACUGAAUGAUGAAGAACGAAGGUUAGCAUUCCGUGAACAGCUGCGACUUAGUGUGAGUGAUUUCAUUCAAAAGAAACAAUUACAGAACUCAACAUCAGAAACGCAACAAAUUGAGAAUGCCCAUUCAGCAAUUGAUGUACACACCAGUACCAGCAUUUUGCCAGAAGUUUCCUCAAACGUGAAUGCUGGGAAUGAACAGCCCACAGGUGACACCAUAGCAGAUACCCUUGCUUCCUUGCCGAUGGAUGAUGAAGCACGGACAUGUAUAAUGCAAGUAGUAUCACAGUCCAGUCCACUACCUGCAACAAAUGUGAGCAUCACAAGUUCCUCAGCAGUGCAUGUGGGAAAUAAAGUUACUGUGAAUUUGACUAUAAAUCCACCAGUGUCAUACUCUGGAGGUACCACAGGUGAUGCCAUAAUGAAUGACAGUGAUUCAGACAGUUUUUCUGAAAGUGAAUGAGUCUAAUAUAGUGUUUCUGAAGAAGAGAUUAUCCAUUUAUGUUUACAUGCUAAACAGUGCAUCUCCUGGUUUUCAAGAUGUGUGUUUAUGAUAACAACAGCAAACAUAAGGGAACAAUGAUAGACAAAGCAAUACCAUAUGCCAAAACAAGUUGGUAAUAAGACAUGUGAAUAUUCAUAAUUCAUUCUAGUGCAUUGGCUUAUUUAUAAGUGUCAAGAUUCAUUAAUUGAGUAAUGUAGACCAUUAUUCCCUUAUUCCCACAAAAAGUUUUUGUGAAUGAGGCUCUUAUGUUCUGUGAUUUUUUGAUGAGAUACUGUAAAAUUUGCCGUAAAAUGGUGUGGAGUAGAGAUAUUUGCCAGAACAAAAUGUUUUGGCACUAAAAAACUUUUUGGUAUGUGGCUGUGAUGUAGAUGUAUCGUAAAUUUGCAGCAGUAACUGAAAUGCAUCAGCAGUGAAUAGAUCUUGCCAGUUUUUAAAGCCAGUGGAUGUUUUGUAUCAUUUGAAUUUGUAAACUUGUUUUGUGUAAGUCAUUUGUUGUUUUGUAUAAGGUUUCAUACAAGCUUUUUUCGCACUUCCACAUUCACUAUGAAGUUGCAUUGUGUUGCAAGAGUGAGUAGUUGAAGGAAAUGAUUGCUUUAAGUAUUACCAUAUGCACAAGAGAAUGACUCUUAUAUUCAUGCCCAGCAAUUGUUUAAAAUGAUAUUACACCAAUAACACCAUUGUUAGCAUGCUCCUCUCAACCUCCCACAUUGCUCGUUGAUUGGAAAUGCUUCUUCUUGCUCAUUCUGAUGAUUGCUAUUUGGCUCCAUAAAAAGUAUUAUUGUGUACUUAGAUGCAUUAUUACCUUGUACAGAUUGAUCAUGAAUUCAAGAGUUUUUUAUUAACUUUUGC